GGUAACAAAUAUGCGAUGGUUGAGGUGUUGGAUGGUGUUGUUGAGAAUACGAUUCAUUCAGACAGCAACAUGAAUAUGAGUGAUAAUACUAAUGAUAGUAUGAAAAUGGAUGAGAGUAAUAUGAAUGAUGGCGAUAGUGGUGAAGCGUUGUAUAUUGAUGGCAUGAUUGAUCCCUUACCGCAGGUUCACCAUUUAAGGAAUCGAGUCUAUGGCACCUGUCGAUGUCCUGAAUGCGGCCAGUCGUUUGUGAACACUGCAAGAUUGGAGAGGCAUCUGGCUGUUCAUCAGGUGUUUGGCUCAUUUUUGUGUCCGUUGUGUGGUAAAACGUAUAAAUAUGAGUAUAAUUUAUUCUAUCAUUGGCGUAAAACGUGUCGCGAUUUGAAUGCCUUAUUGGGUCUGGAAGAGCGAAGAACAAUGGACGUGGGUGCGUUAAGACAGGUGGUCGAAGAGGUGGCGCAGAAGAAGACCGACAUAGGCCCGAUUGAUAUCGGAAUCAAUCGACGUGUUUUGUACGCAACGACGCCGCUGGAUAAACUCGAGAUGCCGUCCAGCCUUCAUAGUAAAUUUUUGGAUUGUAUAAAGCCUGUUGAGGUGACCUGCAGCCUCAGAUCUUAUCAACACGAGGAUUGCUUGUAG